CGUCCCCCACAUUCCUAUGCUUCAUUAAUAGCCCAGGCUAUCUUGACCUCGAGGGAUCAAAGAUUAACUCUGCGUGAAAUUUACGAAUGGGUCCAAACAAGAUAUCCUCAUCUCUAUGAAGCAAAUGAAACCGGAUGGCAGAAUACAAUACGCCAUAACCUAUCUCUAAAUCGAUGCUUUCGUAAACUCCCACGUUUGUCUCAAGACAGUGCGGGAAAAGGAAAAGGAAGCAAAGGUGGUUAUUGGACUGUGGAUCUUGAACAAUUAAACAAUACAAACUUUGGUAGACAA